UCUAACCUAUAAUUUGAGGGUAACUUAUAAUUUGUGAUUUUGAGAGUUACUUAUAAUUUUCUCUCAACUUCUAACCUACUUUUCAAGUGCAGUGUUUCCACUGCCUUUUCAUCUCUAUUUCCACAGUUCCCUCCAAGUUUCAUGGCCAUGGCGACCGUAGGCGCAAAACCUAAACCCCAUAUAAUAUUACUAUCAAGCCCUGGCUUGGGUCACCUGAUCCCGAUUCUCGAACUGGGAAAAAGUCUAGUCAGACUCUGCAACUUUGAUGUGGUUAUAUAUGUGGUAGAAACUCACACAUCUCCAGUUGAAACUCAAGUUCUCCAGUCAGCCAUGAUCCCAAAACUCUGCGAAAUCAUCCAACUCCCACCAGUUAACAUUUCCGGCCUGAUCGACCCUGGAGCCACCGUCGUUACCCAACUUGCUGUUAUGAUGAGAGAAAUCAGGCCAGCUUUCCGAUCGGCAGUAUUUGCUCUCAAGUUUCGACCGGCAGCCAUAAUCGUGGACAUCUUUGGAACUGAAUCUUUGCAGGUAGCUAAAGAACUUGGCAUCCCAAAGUAUGUGUACAUGGCUUCUAAUGCAUGGUUUUUAGCUCUUACUUUACAUGUACCAACCCUAGAUAAAGAGGUGGAGGGAGAGUUUGUUUCUCCUCUCGGACCGUGUGGCUCAAAUUGUGAGUUGCUCGAUUGGUUAGACCAGCAACCCAAAGAGUCGGUGGUUUAUGUGUCAUUUGGAAGUGGUGGGACUUUGUCUGCGGAGCAAAUGAUGGAGCUUGCUUGGGGUCUUGAGCUGAGCCAGCAGAGAUUUAUUUGGGUGGUUCGCCCACCCACCACAAAGACAGGAGAUGGAGCAUUUUUCACUCAAGGCGGCGGUGAAGAUGACAUGUCAGGGUACUUCCCUGAUGGGUUCUUGAGCAGGAUCCAGAAAUUAGGUCAGGUGGUUCCACAAUGGAGCCCACAAGUUCAGAUCAUGAGCCGCCCAUCAGUGGGAGCAUUUUUAUCACAUUGCGGUUGGAAUUCUAUCUUGGAGAGCAUCACCGAAGGAGUGCCUAUUAUUGCAUGGCCAUUAUAUGCAGAGCAGAGGCUGAACGCGACGCUGUUGACGGAGGAGCUUGGCAUAGCAGUUAGGCCAAAGAAUAUACCGGCGAAAGAAGUAGUGAAGAGGGAGGAGAUAGAGAGGAUGAUUAGAAGAAUUAUGGUUGAUGAAGAAGGAAGGGAAAUAAGAACGAGAGUUCGAGAACUCAAAGAAAGUGCAGAGAAGGCUGUAAGUGAAGGUGGUUCAUCGUACAAUUACAUGUCUGUAUUGGGUAAAGAGUUGGAGAAAAGCUGGAAUGGCAGAGCCCAGAGGCGUACACUGACAUUGUAGUAGUAGAAGACAAAUGAAAUAAAUACCGGUACCUCAAACCAGGUCCUGAUCGAGACAUCCCUCUAAUGGCAAUUGUAAUGGAUGCCGAAAUGUUUGUUAUUAUUUUCUGUAUUGGAUUUAGUAGUUGCUUAAAUGAAUUAAUUAGAUGAAAUUGCCAAGGGGCCAAGAAUUUAUAUCAA